AUGUCCGCUAGUGCCAGUGGCCUCGCUAGUCUGCUACGCGAAGCUAGUGCCUCGAUCGAUCACUUGCAAACACGUCUGGUCGAGUUGGUAAAACAAGGGUUAGCAACGACUACGAGGGAACACUUUUUCGACGUGUUUCAGAAUGGGUCAGUGCAAUCCGCUUCUAUGAUUGAGAUCCCUCCCGACGGUGGGAACAAUGGACACGCCACGACCAGUUUGGUACAGUUAAAGUCUUCGCAUGGAACUACGGAUAAUCAAUUAAGGCUACAAGCAAGAACGGUAGAAAGUGGAUUUCCUUUCAUCAGAACUUUUUUUUCCUGUUUUCGUCAUACUCUAAGUCAAUGUCUUUGCGCAGGACCUUGUGGGCGACAUCAGGGUGCUAGCUUCUCUUGGUGCGUCGUUGAUCCAACGAGUGCAUGUGCACUCAGUCUCAAAGGGGCCAACAUUGGAGAUCCGACGUUACGCGAUCACAGUCUCUACACGACUCAAAGUGGCCAAGACACGCCGGUCGUUUCGGAAAUGAAAGAUGUUAUUAAGGGCCUCACCUCUGUAUUGUAUUGA